UUGUAACGAUACCCCAAGAUUUCGUUACAAAACCAACCCAAACGUGCCGAGGUUCCCCAGCUUGCCGAGUUGCUUUAAACUCCCCUCUUCUCCAGCUUUCUUCUUUCAUUUCUUUCUAUUAUCCACUUAACUUUCGGAUAUACACAGAAAUGUCCGAGUUGCGAUUCGAUAACCAAACGGUGGUCGUCACCGGUGCCGGUGGUGGUCUGGGGAAAGCAUAUGCUCUCUUCUUCGCCUCAAGAGGUGCAAAUGUCGUCGUGAAUGACCUCGGUGUCUCUCACAAGGGCGAGGGCAAGUCAGGAAAGGCCGCAGAUGUUGUCGUCGAGGAGAUCCGGGCCGCUGGCGGUAAGGCUGUCGCCAACUACGACAGCGUCGAGAACGGUGAUGCUAUCAUCGAGACGGCUAUUAAGACCUUCGGUCGCAUUGAUAUUCUGCUCAAUAACGCUGGUAUCCUGCGGGAUGUUAGCUUUAAGAACAUGACGGAUGCCGACUGGGAUCUGAUCAACACAGUUCACACCUACGGUGCAUACAAGUGCGCAAGAGCCGCGUGGCCUCACUUCCGCAAACAAAAGUUUGGCCGUGUUAUCAACACUGCCUCGGCUGCUGGUCUAUUCGGCAGCUUCGGCCAGGCUAACUACUCAGCUGCCAAGCUCGGCCAGGUCGGUUUCACCGAGACCCUGGCUAAGGAGGGUGCCAAGUAUAACAUUAUUGCCAACGUUAUUGCUCCAAUUGCUGCCAGCCGCAUGACUGAAACUGUCAUGCCCCCUGAUGUUCUGGCGAACCUCAAGCCCGACUGGGUGGUUCCUUUGGUCGCUGCCCUCGUGCACUCAUCUAACACCACAGAGACUGGUGGUAUUUACGAGGUCGGCGGUGGUCACGUUGCUAAGCUCCGCUGGGAGCGAGCUAAGGGUGGUCUCCUGAAGACCGAUGACUCCCUGACCCCUGGUGCUAUCGCCCGGAAGUGGAACGAUGUCAACGAUUUCUCUCAGCCCGAAUAUCCCACUGGCCCUGCUGACUUCAUGGCCUUUUUGGAAGAUGGUCUGAAGACACCCAGCGCCCCCCCUGGAGAGGAGCCCGAUUUCAAGGGCCGUGUUGCCCUGGUCACUGGAGGUGGUGCCGGUCUCGGCCGUGCCUAUUGCUUGCAGUUCGCUAAGCUCGGUGCCUCCGUUGUGGUCAACGAUCUUGUUGACCCUGAGCCGGUGGUCCAGGAAAUCAAGAAGCUGGGCGGCAAGGCUGUUGGUAACAAGGCCAGCUGCGAGGACGGUGAUGCCGUCGUCAAGAGCGCCAUUGAUGCCUUCGGCCGCAUCGAUAUCUUGGUGAACAACGCCGGCAUCUUGCGCGACAAGGCUUUCACCAAUAUGGAUGAUAACCUGUGGAACUCCGUCGUUAAUGUCCACCUCCGUGGUACCUACAAGGUGACCAAGGCUGCCUGGCCUUACUUCCUCAAGCAGAAGUACGGUCGUGUUGUCAACACUGCCAGUACCAGCGGUAUUUACGGCAACUUCGGCCAGGCCAACUACGCUGCUGCCAAGCUUGGUAUCCUGGGUCUUUCCCGCACUCUAGCUUUGGAGGGUGCUAAGUACAACAUUAAGGUCAACACCAUUGCUCCUAAUGCGGGUACUAACAUGACCCGUACUAUUAUGCCCGAGGAGAUGGUCCAGGCUUUCAAGCCCGACUAUGUUGCCCCCCCUUGUGGUCUUGCUUUGUUCUGA